AUGAAUUCUCAGAAGAGAGAAAGAACUAAGCUCAAAGGUGAAUACAAGGAAAGUAUGAUAGUAAUUAGGUCUAAAGUGAUCGGAAGAAGAUGUGUCCCUGAUCCGACUGCUUCAAGCUCCUUUUAUAGCUCCAGAAUCAGCUACGAUCCACCUCCGCGUAUCUCGCCACGUGCAGCUAACGAUCCCGUGCCGACCUGGUCCUUGAUCGAGCUGGAGCUCGUCUUUACGUCGACCGGAAUAGCUCGGAUGGCAGUUAACUGGCUUACAAGGGAGUCGCUUGGUGGGCUCGAGGUCUUCUUGCUGGGCUUGAGUGGGCCUGGACUUCAAUCUUGGAUCAAGGUAAUGGGCCCUUACGGGCUAGAUUCCAGGUGUGGAAUCUGGGUCCAACAAUUGCCCCCCAACCCUUUUAAGUGA